UAGAUCGCCAAGACCAUAGAGUGUCAUAGGGAGACCAUAGAUCGCCACGACCAUAGAGUGUCAUAGGGAGACCAUAGAUCGCCAAGACCAUAGAGUGUCAUAGGAAGACCAUAAAUCGCCAACACCAGAGGGUGGCAAGAUGAGAUCUCACGUCCCACUAAUUAGUCUGCAAGCCCUCGUUGUAUCCUGGAUACUAGUUUGCCGGUCAGCUCCAGCAGGAAGCAUCGGCAUCAGCUGGGACUGGGGCAAGUGGUGGACGUAUACCGGCAUCUCUGGACCAAAAUUCUGGGGACUUAUCAAUCCAGAAUGGAGUCUGUGCACUCACGGCAGGCGGCAAAGUCCCGUAGACUUGCAGCCCCGACUGCUGCUGCACGACCCGAACCUCGGGGCGGUACACGUUGAUAAACAUCAAAUUGGAGGCAGUCUGACAAACACCGGCCAUAGCGUCGUCUUCAUCGCCGACAGCGGCACCGACGACCUGAUGUUCGACGUGUCACACGUCUACCACCAGAACUCUUCGUCACCAUUUGCUCGACAUGACGAGACGAGGAGACAGUUCGGUGACCACGCGGUAGAUGUCAGAGGAGGGACCAUGUUGACAGACGAUGGUCGGGACGUGUCAUCGUCAGGACUUUUUGACCGCCAGAGCGAAGACAGGAUGGGGAUGGAGCAGAGACGCAGGCCAGAUUUUGAAGUGAGAAAUGGGAGACUUGGCGAGUCAGAGACAGAGAAGGAAGCGAAUCAGAACAGAGACAAGAGAACUGCAGCUGUUAACAUCGUCGGAGGCCCGCUAUCUUACAAGUAUCAAGUUAGCCACGUCCAGUUCCACUUUGGCACGGGCGACGGCCCGGGGUCCGAGCACACCGUCAACGGGUCCGCAUUCCGCGCCGAGAUGCAAAUCUACGGAUACAACGCGCAGCUUUACAAAAACUUUUCUGAGGCCGUCACGAGACCACACGGCACUACAGCCAUUGCUGUUCUAAUACAGGUAGGGCUAUUGGGCCAUCCAGGCCUGGCCAAAAUCCUGGACGCAUUACCGCGGGUGCGGUGGGCGGGGGAGGCUGUGUACGUGUUUCCCGUGAGCAUCAGUGAACUGCUGCCUCACACCCAGCACUACAUGACCUAUGAGGGAUCCCUCACACAGCCCCCCUGCCACGAGACAGUCACCUGGAUAGUCAUGAAUAAACCUAUUUACGUCACCCGCUCCCAGCUGGGAGCUUUACAGCAGCUGCAGCAGGGCAAGCGAGGGCUGCCACAAGCCCGACUCCUGAGCAACUACCGUCCCACGCAGCGCCUCUACCAUCGCACCCUCGGCACCAACAUCGCCUUCACCAGCGCAGACUGCGGAGUACCUACCCGCCCUACUAGCUAUACAGCGAACGUCUUCAAAUGAACUCGCACUGCUCGUGGUCCGUUGCAUGGAAUUUUUACACAGAGGUGACGACUUGAUAUAACUUAAAGAUAUUCAAUGAUUGUUCAUGCCAUCAGAUCACUGAAAUGUGCAGGAGUUCCUCAGUGUUAGUGAGGACUCAAUGAGAGCUGGGACUGAGGAGAAUGUUGCUGCUAAAUAAUAUUGUGUAAUGGAAAUAUGUAUAAUAAAUAUCAUGUUUUCUGGGAAAAUUGGGCUAAGCAGUUGGUUGACUUCACAAUGCAAAGUAUCACAAGGAAAGUGUAGAUUUACGUGAAAAUUUUAGGUUCUUAGAUGAAACAAAAGUGGUCAAAUUUCGAACCCUUGUUAGGAUGGAAACUUAAUUAUGAAAAAUUAUAGUGCCAGGUGGAACUUAAUAAUUACGAGAGAUGUGAAAGUCUUUGAAAGAUUUUGAAAUCGACAACGAAUGCGUGUGGUUUCAGGGGAUAGAAAAGUUGUCCAAGGAACUAAUUCACGGACAUACGGACUAUUUACGGUGAUAUAGUGUUUCGGGGGGGAUAUAGCUUAUGCAUGGGAAAUGGUUUUUCGGGGGAUAUAGUUUAUGCAUGGGAGAAAUCACAUACCCACAGUCGCAAAGAAAAAAUAAAAGCAUAUCUGACACAAAUAUGGACUGAUAGUUGAAUAGUUCAAAAACAUAUUCAAGUGACGAAAAAUUGUGAGCUUCACGCACCGAAUCGGACAAUCCUAUUUGUAAUUAUUGAUUAUUAUUGUGUAGUUAGCGGGCCAAUAAGGCGAUUAAUGUAGCUUGUUGAUAAGAUCUAUUAAUUAUUGCGGUUUCAUGAAGAUUAGGUUUUUUCAAUGAUCCUUUAUUUAUUUUCUUGAAUAGAACAUUAAUAUUUCAUAACUAAAUCACUCCUCAAUCGUCUGAGCAACAAACAUCGAAUUUUUGUUUAUCGAGUUUCUUUCGAUCAAAAAUCUUUUCCCGAUUUCAUAUCCAUGAAUUCGAACUGACUUUGUUUUUAUCAGAUAAUCUUGUUAUUUUAUUUUUCUUGCUUUCAGAUCUUGUUAUUUAAACAGACAAUUCAACUCACAUCGAGACAAUUCACCUUGUAUCGCGUGCGGCUUCAUGCACUGACGAGUGCAGGAUAUAUGAAAUAAAUUACUUAAGAAAAUCCAUGGUUUGAUAUUUAAUGAUAUCAUGCAAUCAACAUACCCAGUCGUACCAAUUGACAUCACAACUAAAAAGAGACUCUUGGUAUCAAUUAAUU